GUAAGACUCUUGCUGCAAGUUAAUAGUCUCGAUUGUAUUCAUGCCCGGAAUCUCCCACAAAACACUCGCAGCAUUAUCGUCCCACUCUCCCCAAUCAUCCCUAACUUUCGGAUUGAGUGGCACCAUACUCUUCAUCUGUUAAGGUAAACCAGACAAUUCACAUGGCAAGUGAGCAAGAUUCUGACGUAUUAGAUGCAUUACAUCCAUUACGGAAUCGGUUGUCUUCUUUCCCUCCUCCUGACUGGGGCCAAAGGGCACGAAGACAAACUCUUCACAAGAAGGCCCGCAUUCGCCGCUUAUCCCUACCCUACAUUUUUCAUUGAAUGCCCAGAACUCGGCGCGUCAGGUUCGCGCAUGGAUAUCGCACACGCCUACAACGGUAGCGGAUAUUUCCCAGAGCUGCGAUGGCCCAUCACCACGGCAGACACGCAGGAAUACGUUCUGGUGUGCGAAGACCCCGACGAACCUCUGGCCGCACCAGUUAUCCAUGGACUUUACUAUGGAAUCCCGCCAGUAUUCACCGGUUUGCACCGUUCCGACUUCGUUGAAGCGGACUCCAGGAACGAUCCUUAUCGUCUUCGCGGUGGGUUCAAGUAUGGGGCAAACAGCGGAGGAGGGGUCUAUCUGGCGCCCCAACCAGCUCGGGGCCAGGGCCCUCACCGAUAUUUCUUCGAGCUCAUCGCGCUUAACCAUACUAUCGACCAAAGCAAACUCAGCCCUAUGGCGACUUUUGACGAAAUUGCGCGAGAGAUCGAAGGCAAGAUUAUCGGAUGGGCGUCCCUAUAUGACUAUUCUGAGACCUUUGCGAGGUCAUCAGUUUGA